AUGUCUACCAGUCUUCCUGAUCUGCUCAUCAUUGCUCCCAAUAUAUCCAUACAUACCACAAAGCCAGUGGUCAUCGGGAUAUAUGGAAAGUAUUUAUUUAUCGAAGGGUUCGAGGUCAUCCCUAAGAUCGUCCCUGGAGGCCUUGCAAAAUUUCAAACCCUGAAAGAAGAAGAGAAGAAAGUCUACCGAAGCAAUGCCAUUGACCAUGUGGCAAAGGAUGGAGAGAUCAGCGGAAGAACCACAAUCCUUACUGGUCACUACAUGUUCUGGGCAGAUGGCGCUGAAGAGAAGAAGCCAGUGUGGACUCUUCGUGACCAAGCUACCUUUACCCACAUCAUCUACUUGAGUAUCCCGGUCGACUUGCUUCUAGCACGUCGCAAGGCCGAUCUCGAGUGGACUAGAUCAAAGGUCUCUGUGGAAAAUUUGCAUAAAUGGCAAGAGACUGAGAAAAGCGAUCUCCGUCGGAUUUGUGGUGAAAACGGUAUUUUGUUCACGGUGCUACCAUUCACAGUUGAUGUGUCAAAGAGAGCGGCAGAAUUGGCUGAGUGCUUUGAUUCACACACCGAAACUGGGAACUUCUUGCUUGCCGAGCAGAAAUUGGACAACAUCUUGAAGGGCGUGGAGGGCAAACUUGAGAAAAUGCUGGUUAUAGAUGCUGAUCGAAUACUCAGCGCCACUGAUACGGGUCAUUUGUUCUGGGAACACGUACGAAGCUUGCCAAAUUUCUCAAACCGCCAGACGUCCCCAAAGACAAUCUUCAGCACAUCUGGCUAUUCACAUACUGCCUUCCGGCAGGUUGCGCUGCUGUACGGGGAGGUGAGCGCCAGUCAUGACUUUGAUAGCAUCUGCCAUGCUGUCGCUAACGCAACGGAUCUGUACUCUGGAAUAAUUUCUCUCCUGAAGAGUGUCACGAGAGCAAGCCAUGUUGGGGUCUUCAUAGUGACUUGCGGCCUUUCUCAGGUAUGGGAGCAUAUCAUCGCAAGAGAAGGCAUUUCUGAUACGGUCAAGGUCUUGGGAAGCGAACUUUCUCAAGACGCCUGUAUCGUUACCCUUGCUGUGAAAACGGCAGUGGUGUCGCGCUUACAGAGAUGCCAUCGUCUGGAAGUUUGGGCGUUCGGAGACAGCGUCCUGGAUCUCGGCAUGCUGGUCAAGGCGGACCAUGCAAUCGUUGUGGUCGGAGAUGUCGAGUCCAGGAGCAAGACCAUGGAUGUCCCUUGGCGUUCGCAAUUGACCAGAGUAUCCUUCAUGCUCGGCAAGCCAUAA